CGGUGCAGCAGGGAACUUGCGCAGUUGAGACUACGAGGAGUGGAUUUUUUUCCUUUCUGCGAGAGAAAGCUCGGAGCCCGGGCUGGACAGAUAGCGGGGUCAGGGAUGUUCUGGGCUGAAAACCAAGGGAUAUUUUUUUAAUAGGGGAAAUAAAGCUGGAAAAAACGCUGCUACCUUCUCUUCUGCGCAGUCUCACACUAACCCUAAAGCCAUUCUUUGAGCACUCACCGGAAGUUCAGCUCCCUGCCAUGGCUGGGAAAGAAGAGAAAUGAUCGGUCUUCAGGGUGGAUGAAGAAAUUACACCAAAAAAAAACACUGAAGAGCAACAACACAAAAGAGAGAGAGAGAAAGGCAUCGUUUUGGUUCAGUCCUUCCCUGGGCGGCGGCGCUGAUGAUGAGGAUGAGAAGGAACUUUGUGGUUUUCCGAUGGAAAUGGAAAGCUUGAGGCACUGACUGAAGGUGGGGGGGUGGGAUUGAGCACUGCCCGCCGCCACCUCGAUGGCGAACGCCAGUGAGCUCGAAGAGACCAACAGUUCUCUUCAGAAUUACGCCAUCACCGCCUCCGCUGUCAAACUGGCUUCUCUGGGAUUGAUCAUCUGCAUCAGCCUGACCGGGAACCUGCUGCUCUCCUUCCUCAUCUUCAAAGAGCCGAGCUUGCACCGGGCUCCCUACUACUUCCUGCUGGACCUGUGCCUGGCUGACAUUGUCCGCUCGCUGCUCUGCUUCCCGUUCGUCAUGAUCUCCAUCAGCAGCGGCUCGGCCUGGACCUACAGCCUGCUCAGCUGCAAGAUCAUCGCGUUCGCCGCCGUGCUCUUCUGCUUCCACGCCGCCUUCAUGAUGUUCUGCAUCAGCAUCACCCGCUACAUGGCGAUCGCCCACCACCGCUUUUACUCCAAGAGGAUGAGCGUGUGGACUUGCGUGGCGGUCAUCUGCAUGGUGUGGACCCUGUCGGUGGCCAUGGCCUUCCCGCCCGUCUUCGACGUGGGCACCUACAAAUUCAUCCGGGAGGAGGAGCAGUGCAUCUUCGAGCACCGCUACGUGAAGGCGAACGACACCCUGGGCUUCAUGCUGAUGCUGGCGGUUAUCAUCGCCGCCACCCAUCUGGUCUACGUCAAGCUCAUCUUCUUCGUCUACGACCACCGCAAGAUGAAACCGGCGCAGCUCGUCCCGGCCAUCAGCCAGAACUGGACGUUUCACGGCCCCGGGGCGACCGGCCAAGCGGCUGCCAACUGGAUCGCCGGCUUCGGCAGAGGGCCGACUCCCCCUACCCUGGUGGGCAUCAGGCAGACCGCCCACAACCAGAACAAGAGACUGCUCGUCUUAGACGAAUUCAAGAUGGAAAAGAGGAUAGGCAGGAUGUUCUACAUCAUCACCGUCCUCUUUCUGCUGCUCUGGUCCCCCUACAUUGUCGCCUGCUACCUGCGGGUCUUUGUCAAGGCCAGUACCAUCCCACAGGUCUACCUGACCGCUGCAGUGUGGAUGACAUUCGCCCAAGCAGGGGUCAACCCUAUCUUAUGCUUUAUCUUCAACAAAGAGCUGAGGAUUUGCUUCAGAACCCACUUCCCUUGUUUUCAAAGCACACAGACGCCUAGGGAAGCUUACUGCGUUAUUUAAAGACAUUGGAAGAGCAGGGACCCAUCCCCCUUUCUUCCCACAGCUUGAAAACCCACGCACUGCGCACAACACACGAAAAUCCAAUUUAAUCUUAAUAAUGUACAUGCAGUCAUUUGGUGGAUUAACCUUAAUCACAGGACAGUCACGUCCAAUGGUUUCUGUUUACAUUGAAGAGAAGGGAGACGCUGAGUGGAGUGUUAUGAGGACAAAUUUAAUCUCUCUGGAAUACGAAUUUAUCGAGGCUACUUGUUGUUGGGAUCUCUAACAUCAUCUCCACGUUGGCCCAGAUUUGAUAGAAGUAUUACCGAGUGCUCGAAAACAUAUCGAUCAGGGAAUUUAAACACGAAUAAGCACUUUCCCCAAUCUGAGUGUCGUUUUACAACAAACGAUUUUAAUGUUUGUGCGCUAGCUGCGCUGCCCUUUAAACUCGGCAGAUUAUUCACGAAUAUCCAGAAGACCAAAUGGAACUGGAAUGUAAAAAAAAAUGUAAAAAACAUAAUUUCGGUGACGCAUUUCCCCCUCUCCAAUUAAGAACUUUGAUGUACUUUCCCUUUUGAUAUUUUCUUAGCUUGUUUAUCUGCGUUGUUAUAUAUUGGGAAAAAUGUUUUGACCUUUAAACGUUACUUUUUGCAAUUUCAUAUCUUAAUGUGCGUUUUACAAACUGUCUUUGAAAAACAGAUGUCAAUUUUACAUUACUUUCUCUAGCUGAAUGUAAAUAACAGUCUAAUGGUUUAGUGUUAGCUGUAGUUAUUGUCAUACAAAUUAACAACUUAGUAAGUUAUACCGUGCUCAUAAAUGAUUCA